CGCGUGAGGAGAAGCUUCCUUGUAACACCAAUCGAAAUUGCUUUGUUGUUGCCCCCACUUGUUCAAGCUUGUUCGCGGUAGCUACUGCUUCUUUAGUAUUUGAAUGGCAGAGACGCGCGAGUUUUAACUAGAAACCUUGCUUGCUGAUUUCGAAAGAAAUAGAACACUGUUAGGAGAUCUGGUUGCCAAUUGCUGAAAGGAAUAAGUAGCUCAUCAAUGGAGAGCUGUUUGCAAAAAAAUUUUGAUGUUAGACCGAAAGAUUCGUCCGCAGAGAAAAAGUUGCGGAUUGCUGUUCUGGUUUCCAAAGCUGCAAUUCAAUUUCUUAUGGGUGUGUCACCAAGUGAGUACACUGUACCUGAAGAAGUCAAAGCUGCUGGCUUUCAAGCGUGUGUUGAUGACUUUGGGUCUAUCGUUGAAGGCCAUGAUGUAAAAAAACUCAAAUUUUGUGAGAAUUAAGCCUUAAGUUUGUUUUAUAUUACAAAGGUUAUUGUCAGCAUUCUUAAGAAUGAUUGAUUUCUUGUCUUUUACAUAAACUUUGUGGUUCAGGUUGAGUAAUAUUUUUUUUGUAAUUUUUUUAUAAUAGUUCUAUAUAAUGAAUUAAAAAUUAAAAGGUUA